UCCGGGGUCCCCCGCGGCUGCCGCCGCCGUCGCCUCCGCCGUCGCCUCCGCCUUCCCGCCCGCGACGGGCCGGGCGCCGCCUCCCCGCUGCCGUCCUCUCCGCUGCGGUCAUGUAGGACAUUGUAAAUCAUGUGAAGAUGGGCCUCUUGGUGUUUGUGCGCAAUCUGCUGCUAGCCCUCUGCCUUUUCCUGGUCCUGGGGUUUUUGUAUUAUUCUGCAUGGAAGCUACAUUUUCUCCAGUGGGAGGACUCCAAUUCAGUGGUUCUAUCCUUUGACUCCGCUGGACAAACUCUAGGCUCAGAGUAUGAUCGGUUGGGCUUCCUCCUGAAGCUGGACUCUAAACUGCCUGCGGAGUUAGCCACCAAGUACGCAAACUUCUCAGAGGGAGCUUGCAAGCCUGGCUAUGCUUCAGCCUUGAUGACUGCCAUCUUCCCCCGGUUCUCCAAGCCAGCACCCAUGUUCCUGGAUGACUCUUUCCGCAAGUGGGCAAGGAUCCGAGAAUUUGUGCCGCCUUUUGGGAUCAAAGGCCAAGAUAAUCUAAUCAAAGCCAUCUUGUCAGUCACCAAAGAGUACCGCCUGACCCCUGCCUUGGACAGCCUUAGCUGCCGCCGCUGCAUCAUCGUAGGCAACGGAGGUGUCCUUGCCAACAAGUCUCUGGGGUCACGAAUUGAUGACUAUGACAUUGUGGUCAGACUGAACUCAGCACCAGUGAAAGGCUUUGAGAGGGACGUGGGCAGCAAGACUACACUGCGCAUCACCUACCCUGAGGGCGCCAUGCAGCGACCUGAGCAGUAUGAACGCGAUUCUCUCUUCGUCCUCGCUGGCUUCAAGUGGCAGGACUUCAAGUGGUUGAAGUACAUCGUCUACAAAGAGAGAGUGAGUGCAUCGGACGGCUUCUGGAAAUCUGUGGCCACUCGAGUGCCCAAGGAGCCCCCUGAGAUUCGUAUCCUCAACCCGUAUUUCAUCCAGGAAGCUGCCUUCACCCUCAUCGGACUGCCCUUCAACAAUGGCCUCAUGGGCCGCGGGAACAUCCCGACCCUGGGCAGUGUGGCCGUGACCAUGGCGCUGCAUGGCUGUGACGAAGUGGCAGUCGCAGGCUUUGGCUACGACAUGAGCACACCCAACGCACCCCUGCACUACUAUGAGACCGUGCGCAUGUCAGCCAUCAAAGAGUCCUGGACACACAAUAUUGAGCGGGAGAAAGAGUUUCUGCGGAAGCUGGUGAAAGCGCGCGUCAUCACUGACCUAACCAGUGGCAUCUGAGAUGGGCCCAGCACGUGGCACGGAGGUCCCAGCACCACCACCAGCAGGCAGCAGCCACCGCCACCCGCCCAGUUCAUUGGCCUUGGUCUGGCUCUGCCUGAGAGGCACAGAAGUGUUGAGACCCAGAGAAGGACAGUGCCAAGUGGCCCCAGGGGUGGCGAAGCCUUGGCAGGGCAGCCAGAGCUGUGUCUGCUCAGAGACCAGCCCUCGGCCUCACUCUCAGCCUGGAUCCUUGAAGCCAGAGCGCCAGGAGGCCGCUGGCCGUGCCCCGCGGGCCCAGCAUGCCAGAGGUGGACGUUAGGCAGCAAGGCGGCUGCCGGAAUUAUUUCUCCAAUCAGUGUUUGGUGUACUAUCAUUUUGUGAAUUGGGGUGGGGGGUGGGGAUAAUUUAUUUUUAAAUAAGGUUGGAGAUGUCGAGUUUGGUACACUUGCCAUGCAGAGAGAGGGCCCACCAGGCGGGGGUGCCAUAGGCUCCCUGUGGAGUGGGAGUGCCAUGACUAGCCUGUACUCUGCUCAAGAGCUGCAAGGAGCUGGGCGGGAGCUCAUGCCAGCCCCCUGCAGCUCAUGACAUUGCUUGGCCUUUCUUGAGGAGAAGAUGGGAUACUCCCACAUACCAGCUGCCCACUGUCCACAGGGAAACCCCGGAGCCAUUCUUUAAGCCAACAAGACAGCCCCUGGGCUAGAGCAAAGAGAACUCGGAGCUCAGGAGGCGAGGCCUGGCCCAGCCCGAAGGGAAUGGCCCCUCCCCAGCUGCUACUGAUCCGUAGGACAGUGCCCAGGCCUGGACUGACCAACUUGGCAGCUGUUCUGGGUUUCAGCAGGACUGCCAGGUCCUUGGGUUCUGCCUUGAGCCUGGACCAGAGGGAAGUGAGGCUUAAGGACCUUACCCAGGCUGCGGCAGCCAUCCUGGGCAGCCAUCCUGGAAGCAAUAAAGCUCUUCCCUGA